AUGGCUACUCGUUCUAAAGCGGGAAUCAUUAAACCCAAUCGCCGAUAUCUUCUUGCAGCAGAAGUGACUUCUUCACCUGAGUUCAUACCUCGUACCGCGAUUCAAGCACUCAAAGAUGAGAAGUGGUGUAAAGCUACUGAUGCAGAAUACAAUGCACAAAUCGGCAAUCAUACGCUGGUAGCUCAAGGAUACAGUCAGAGAUAUGGUCUUGAUUAUGCAGAAACGUUUAGCCCUGUUAUCAAAUCUACUACAAUUCGACUUGUGCUUGGCGUUGCUGUUGAUAGAUCGUGGCCUGUUAAGCAAUUGGAUGUGAAUAAUGCGUUUUUGCAGGGUACACUGACUGAUGAGGUGUACAUGGAACAACCACCAGGCUAUAUAGAUCGAGAUCGUCCGGACUAUGUUUGUCGACUUCGGAAAGCAAUCUAG